CACCAUCGCCAGCCUCACCCCGCUUUCUCGUCUUCUCUUGUCACAUCCAGAUCGCGACGCCGCCUCUCUUGCGCGACACGACACGAUGAAAGACUGGAUUCGCAGCCCAGAGCCAGAGGACCCGGAUGAGGUCGCCGCAAGACAUAGGAGAUAUGAGGAGGAGGAGCUCCAGCGGGCAGCAGGGAAUGCGGAAGCAUCGAGCUCGAGAUUGGACUCGCCGCAAUUGACGACAGGGACAAAGCUAGUCAAAGGCAAGAGGAGACGCAGUAGCGCUUCUAAUUCGGAGCAGGACGGCCCAUCAUCAUCACCACCACCAAGGCGAAGCCCCCGCACUCGACUUGCGGCACUCGCCUCCCCAGAAGAGGAAUGGCGCCCGCUUCCCGCUACUACAACCGUCGUCGUAUCGCCUCGCUCCUCAUUAUCAGCAGCAGCGGCUGCCGCGGCCAUUGGAGGACGAGGCGGUCCAUUACCUGGCUCAACGUGGGGGAUGCAGACAAACGGCGAAGAUGAGGAUGGGGAUCCGGCGCGCCCGCUCAAGUGUCCGAGGAGAGGGGGUAAGACGCCCCGCCUCAUGAGUUUGGCAGACAUGUCUUUCAGAACCGUUCUAACGCACCUCCCCUCCCUCACGGCGCCAGAGGUCCGAGAUAUUGUUCAGCCCUGCCUCUCCUCCCUCUCAUCUCGCUUCUCCAACCCCCUCUCUCAAGCGUGCGAGGGUCACUUGGACCACCUGGCGCGGCUCAGCCGGGCUAAAGAAGCGGCAUUGAGAGCGAGAGAGGAGGCGCGGCAGGGUAGGAGGACUAGUGUGGCCAUCGAGCCUGCGGCGGGGAGAGGUGGUAUUGGUGCAGUAGGGAGAGGGAGAGCGAUAGGGUUGAUGAGUGCUGCGAAGCCCAAGGUUGAGAAGAGUAAAGGUGGACAGAAGAUUUGGAAGAAAGCGCGAAUGGCUGCUGGGCCGGGGAUUGGGAUGAGGAGGUAGGCGCUGAGGCUGGUGGCGGCAUCAGAUCUUCAGCAAUGCAUGAUGCUACAUACCCUG